AUGAAAGACCGCCUUCAAGAACUUAAACUGCGAGCAAAAGAACUGCAGCUAGCUGAAGAGAACAGCUGUGCCCCUGAGGUGAAAGAAGAUCAAGUAGAGUUUGAACAGCAAGCUAUUAUUUAUGAGAAAGAGCCCAUAACUGAGAGGCACCUAAAUGAAAUCCAGAGACUUCAGGACGAAAUUAGUAACUUGGCAGAGGAUGUUCAAAAGUUUGGUCAGCAGCAGAAAAGCCUUGUGUCCUCAAUGAGAAGGUUCAGUGUUCUUAAAAAGGAGUCCAACAUUACAAGAGAAAUAAAAAUACAAGCAGAGCAUGUAAGUAAAUGCUUGGAUGAACUAUCAAAAACAGUGAAGAAGUCUGAAAGCGAACACGGGCCAUCUUCCGCCAUUGUAAGAAUCCUUACAUCUCAGCAUGCGUUCCUUUUCCGGCGUUUCCAGGAAACCAUGCUUUCAUACAAUGAUGCUAUAACAGCCAAGCAGGAGAAAUGCAAGACAUUCAUUGUCCGCCAGCUUGAUGUGGUUGGGAAAGAGAUCUCCGAGGAAGAAGUGAAUGAUAUGCUUCAACAAGGAAAAUGGGAGAUUUUCAAUGAAAAUCUGCUUACUGAAGUCAAAAUCACUAAAGCUCAACUAUCGGAGAUUGAACAAAGACACAAAGAACUGGUCAAUCUGGAGAACCACAUCAAAGAAUUGAAGGAAUUGUUUAUCCAGAUCUCGCUUCUGGUGGAGGAACAAGGAGAAAUUAUCAACAACAUUGAAAUGGGUGUAAACAAUACUCAAGAUUAUGUUCAAAUAUCAAGAGAGAAGUUUAGACUUGCAGCCAAGUAUAGAAAGAGAAACCCUUGUAAAGCAAUAUGUUGCUGGUGUUGUCCACGCUGCAGAUAA